AUGGCACCGCAAGAUUCCUUCAUAGAAGAGGAAGAAGAUGUCUGCCCUCUGUGCAUCGAGGAGUUCGAUCUAUCAGAUCGGAACUUUCGACCGUGUCCUUGCGGCUACCAGAACAACAUGAACGGCCUGUGUCCGGCUUGCAGACGGCCGUACGAUGAGAAGACGAUAGAAUGGAAGGUCGUUACUCAGGAAGAAGUUGCCGAGUUUCGCGCCAACAUUCAGAAAAACCAAAAGAAGCGAGCACAGGAGCAACGACAAAAAGAAGUGCAAAAACGCGAAGCCGAAAAGGAGAACCGUAAAAACCUCGUCGGCGUCCGAGUCGUUCAGAAGAACCUAGUCUAUAUAACCGGACUAGCACCAACGGUCCGUGAAGAUGAAUUGCUCAAGACUCUACGAAAACCCGAAUUUUUCGGUCAGUAUGGCAAUAUUCAGAAAAUAUCCAUAAGCAACCGCAAAAGUCCAGAUGGGCAACAUCAUUCACUCGGCAUCUACGUAACGUUCGAAAAGCCCGAGGAAGCAACAAAAUGCAUCAUAGCAGUACACGGCUCUCAGAAUGGCGACCGGAUAUUAAAAGCUCAACAUGGUACGACCAAGUACUGCUCUGCCUGGUUGAAGAACGAAAAGUGUAAUAAUCCUGGUUGCAUGUUCCUUCACGAGCAAGGAGAUGAGGAGGAUAGCUACACUCGGCAAGAUCUCUCAUCUAUGAACAGUAUCCAUACACAAAGGCCAUUGCCAGGUGGUGGCGGAGGCUCAUCUCGCGCAGUUUCCCGACAACAUAUUUCGCACCCAACCCCACCUCCACCUGCUUCGCAACCGAUGGUGCGUACCACUAGUAGAGAUGGGUCUGACAAUGGCGUUGAUUCAUCUGCACUGCCGUCGUCUGCAAACUGGGCUAGAAAUCCUCAGCGCAGUCGGAGAGGCAGUUACGCCACUAGCGGUGCAGCGUCCAGUCCAGCUAUUUCCAUGUCGCUACCAGCAACAACGGAGGCUACCCAGGAGGCUAUAGACGACGCUGAUGCCUCAUCUGCGCAGCAGCCUGUGGCGAACAAAGGCAAACAACCACACGGGACGCAGGCUCAAACUUCCACCCCCUCUCAGGAGAAGAAGGAGCAGCGGUCGUCCAAAACAACAGACAGUGCUCUCGUUGCUCUAUUAAAGACCCUGGAAGUCUGCAAGCUGCCAGUCUUCACUACCGCUAAUGCCAGUGAUGAUACUCAUCCACCCAUGUUUGACAUCCGAGGCGGUGAGAAGCGAAGGGCUAUGAGGGAGGACGAAGAGUCUCGAAUCGACCAGGAAGACCAGACUGAAGCACAGGCACCAUCUGAAGGCGAACCCGAAACUGGGGGCAGUCUUGCUCUUGGCGGCGAACCUGAGGACCGAGAGCUCGGCAGGGAUGUCCACGGUUUUGAUCAACGACAGUCUAGUACCCAACCUCCGAUUCAGCGUGGGAGCACAGACGGGCUCUAUGGCGCACCAUCGAGUGGCUCCGGCUUUCCUCAGGGCUCUAGUAAUAUUGGGAGAGUCAUGACACCGCAACAGCUGGCGUCACUUCGAUUACAAGCUGGCUAUACGGACCAAAUGCCGCCUGGUAUUUCUGCUCAGAACCCGUUUCAAAAUCCGGGCCAUAACCGCCAAUCCUCUCGAUUCAGCUUCGCCAACGAUGCUGGGAACUCUACUACCAAUAUCAAACUGGCUGCUAACCCGAGGAUCAUGGCUCAGCAGUCGUCUAUGAUGCCCAGCUCUUUCCAGUCACAGUCGAGCAACCAGUUCUAUGCCACAUCCAUGCCUGGCCCUCCGCCUGGUCUUAAGUCUACAGGCACACCGCCGAGUAUGUUUGGUCAGGGUUUCGGCACCGGCUCAGGAUUUGGCGGAGCUCACAAGGAUUCCUCUGGCGAUUUACUCCAAACUCUCAUCGGCCGCAAUCGAGGAGGCAGCACCCAGCCUCAAGAUGUUGGAAAGCCUCCUGCUUCUGGCCUCCUGGCAUCGCUCUACGGCAACCAUCCUGGAGCAUUCCAAGACUUUGGUUCGAAGCAGAAGAAGAAGGGCAAGAAGCACAGACAUGCUAACACUUCCUCCUCAGGGGGGAGUGGCUUAGUAGAUCUUGCCGACCCGAGUAUCCUGCAGGCAAGAAUGCAGCAUCAGUCACAGAGCAAUGCCGGAGUUGCCGGGCAACAAGGACUGUUCGGUGGUGGUCAGAGCCAAGGCAUUUGCGUGGUCGCCGCAAGUAUCCCCUACACAGGCUCACAUUAUGGUGCAACGCCCCCAGAGGGUAGCAUCUUUGGUCAGAAUAUAACGAUAUUGUCUAUUCUCUCCAACUCUGCCUUUCCCUUCAUUGUCCCCCUGUGGAAGACGAUGAUGGAAGCCACUCAGCCGGUGUUGACUGUAUUGCAGGACGAGCUACUUUCGUUAGACGAAGCAACAAGUUCGGUCGAUGCCCUGGUUUCCGAUGAACCACAAGGAGUCUACGCUGGAUCAGGGUUCGGCUUUGAUAUGGGAAUGACGCGGUCUGCACCUCCUGGGUUUGCCAUCCACCCAGAAAUGGUAAAUGCUCCCAUGUCAGCGAUGGCGUCCCCGGCGUUGAGCCAACAUCGCCAAGCUGAAGCCGUACCUACAUUGUCCACGGCACCUCCACCUGGUUUGGAGCAUGGUACUGUUACGCCGGUUCAGACUCCACGAAAGGUGACUGCUCCUGGUUUGGAGGCGACAAGCAAUAGCAGGCCGUCUACGUCUGAAGCUAGGGUAUCGAAGCACAUGACGUCGCAGCCUCAGUUUGAACAACAGUCAGUAUCGUCACCCUUAGGAGAUGAGGACUUCCCUGCCUUGGGGUCGUCACAAUCCAUCAAGGCUCGAACUCAGUCCCCGGCUACUCCAGUCGUUCCAACCCCCAAACCCACCCCAGCGGCAAAGAAGAGAGCCAACGGAAUGGUUGACAAGGCAGCUAGCAGCCAUGAUCACCCUGCCUCCAUGGUGUCGGACUCUAUCAAGAACAGACCCUCCACUAUCAGUAUCCAGCCGCCGUCGGACAAAUCUGUCGCAAGCCAUGAUCUUCAAGGCACGGAUAAGCCGCUUGAAGAUUCAUCGACCUUUCCUCCUCUACCAACGGCCACAGCUAGCUUUCCCUCGCCAGUCCAUCGCAGCGGAACCCGAACACUGCGACUUAUGCCAACUCCCAGGGCUACAGAGUCUCCUGCACUGCCCUCCCCCGUACAGUCGGUGGCUUCCAAGGCUGUCUCUAUCUCGCAUAGACCAGACACCCCAGGAAGCGAGAUGAUUAGUGACACAGCUUCCAUAAUGUCUGCCUCCAUAUCGGCAUCCCGUGCAGGAUCGCCUCCGCCAAGCAAAGUUGGUUCUGCCGCCGUGCGAACUACUACAAAAAGCCAGCAACGCAAGCAGCGAAAGGAGGCUCUCAAGCAGGAGACCAGGAUUAUAGCCGAGGCAUCAAAACCAGAGCCUGAGGAGCAUGCACCAGUCAUUGGCCGCAAGAAGAAACAAAAGAAAGAGAAGCCCGCAAAAGCGACAGUUUCUCGGGAAAUACCAACCCCUCCAACCGCUUCAGCCCCUGAGUCUUCGAAGACCGAGUCAGAGGUGCCUGUACAACCUGAAUCUACGAAUGCUAAGGUUGUUGAAGAGACAGAUUUUAAAAGCAGGACGAUGCAGAAAAGAGCAGCUAAGAAUAAAGAGAAGGAAAUGGACAUGGAAAAGGGCCAAGCAAAGCCAACUCCUACGCCAGCAUCACCACCAGCAGUACCGUCAAAGCUGGCGGAGCCUGGCAACUCGGUGCCCGCUGAGCCCAUUGAGUCGUCAGAUCCGGCUGACAGACAGCAGUUUGGGCCAGCCUCUGUGUUUCAAGAGAUCAAGAGCUCACUCUGGACUUCGGCUCUGGACAAGCUGCUGCUGCUCAGACCGGUCAGCAGCAGCUCGCCACGUGCUGAUCUUAGUCAGGCUGCCAAUGGCGCAAGCCAGUCAGUGUAUUGCAAGGACUAUGCCUGCAAAUGUGGCGAGAUCCAAGAUGAUGACCUCACAGCGCUUCGAGCAGGCAAGCCGGUUCGUAAACAAUUCCAUGUUGAUGGCAGCAGGAUGCUCAUCACACCCAACGGGGAUUGCAUCCGCGGCUUGACGCCCGAGCAAGAAGAUGCCUUCCUCGACCUGCAAGCCGCCAUCGCCAGUACGGCCGAUAAUCCAGGUGCCUUUGUUGCCCCCAGACAUCAGCCAGGUAGCGGAGCCUUUUCUCUCAUCAAGGGGCGCGCGGUUCCGAAUGGCCGUCCCAACAUCUUUCCUGCCACAGCGCAGCCCCAGUCCCAGGAUCCUAUUGGCAAACUACAGCGAGAAGAUGCCCUCAGCUACAUCAAUCAGUAUGUCCUGCCACGCCUUAACCUGGAUGCUGCAAACAUGGGCUUCCCCAAGGGAGCAUCUCCACUUCGUGAUGCCGCGGCAGCUAGUCUCAACGCCCUGGCUCCCUACUUUUAUGGCCCAGAUGCGGCUGCUGGCGUGGGUAUCUAUAGUGCCCCUGACGGCGCGCGCGCCAUGCAAGACUUUUCCUCGUCCGGCGGCGCACCGGCUGCUGAUGCCAGCAAAAUCGGUCCUGCCAAUGGUCUUGGUGGCAUUUCUCUGAUGAGUGUUGAGGAUGCAGAGGUCCGUUUGGCAGCUUCUCGAAAGGAGACGGAGAAGUUGGAGAGGGGCCUGAAUGCUGUGAUUAAGCGGAACAGAAGGCUUCUCCUUGGUGGUGGUAACUGA